UGUCUUGUUUGUAUUCACCAUCUUUUUUUCAUUUGACUCCAAACAGCUGUGGGAAUAUUUCGGCCCCGAACCGUGCAAUUGUAUGUCUUAUAAUUUAAUUACAACAUUAUUCAUAUUCUAAAUUAUUUCGCGGAUAUGAAAUUAUAUGGCAUAUUUAUUUUAGUUAAAAUAAGUGAUUUUCAUAAUGAUUCUUCCAAAAAUGCAAAAAUUAUAAAAUAUGCUCUUAAUCUUGCAUCAUUUAACUUUUUUCAAAGAAGAGGUGUGGAAGAAUUUUUAAAAUUUACAUCAGAAUUACUCAUUACUAAAACUCAACAAGGAUCUAGAUGCACUAUUACUCAAGAUAACUAUCUAUGUAAUACAUAUGUUAGAAGUGAUGAUAAAUUGGGGGCAAUAUUAUUUUCUGAUCAUGAAUAUCCUAAAAGAGUUGCUCAAACUUUAUUAACUAAAGUCCUAAAUAAUUUUUCAAAUCAAUCUUAUGAAAACAAUGAAAUCAAUAAACCAAUGAUUGAUCCUUUUUUAACAGAAAUGCUAGCUAAAUAUCAAAGCCCAAAAGAGGCAGAUGUAUUGACAAGGUUGGAAAAUGAUUUAGAUGAAACCAAAAUUAUCUUACACAACACCAUUGAAUCUGUUUUAGAGAGAGGCGAAAAAUUAGAUGACUUGGUUAGCAAAUCAGACCAAUUAAGUGCUGAUUCAAAAGCCUUUUACAGAACAGCUAGAAAAACAAAUCAAUGUUCAUGUAUUAUAUAAAUUAUAUGUAUACAUAUAUCCUUGAAUUUAUUGUUAAUAAUAUUAAUACAAUUGUUUUAAUAAAAAAAAUAUAUAAUUGAAAA